GAAAUCAUAGAACUUCAGAACGCCAUGGUGACUUGGUACCAAGAAAACCAAAGAGAUCUGCCUUGGAGAAAAUUGUCCAAGCAUCAAGACAUAAAUAAACGGGCGUAUUCAGUAUGGGUAUCAGAAAUUAUGUUACAGCAGACUCAAGUUGCUACUGUCAUAAAUUACUAUAAUAAAUGGAUUAAGAAAUGGCCGACAUUACAGGAUUUAGCUAAAGCCAGUCUUGAGGAAGUUAAUGAAAUGUGGUCUGGGCUAGGUUAUUAUUCAAGAGGAAGAAGGCUUCACGAAGGAGCACAGAAGGUUGUCAAUGAAUUGAAGAGUGAGAUGCCACGAAAUGCUGAAAGUCUGAUGAAAAAAUUACCAGGAGUUGGAAGAUAUACUGCUGGCGCCAUAUCAUCGAUAGCUUACAAUGAACAGACUGGAUUAGUUGAUGGAAAUGUUAUCCGAGUUCUUUCUAGAUUACGUAUUAUUGGUACAGACAGUACCAGUCAAACAGCUAUCGAUACGUUUUGGAAUCAUGCUAAUAAAUUGGUUCCUGCAGACCGUCCUGGAGAUUUCAAUCAGUCGAUGAUGGAACUAGGUGCCACAAUCUGUACUCCGAAAUCUCCUUCCUGUUCAACUUGCCCUGUACAAUCAUUCUGUAAAGCU